AUGUUUCUGCUUUACGAAUAUGAUAUUUUCUGGGCAUUUCUAAUGAUAUCAAGUGUUAUUCCUAUUUUGGCAUUUAUAAUUUCCGGGGUUUUAGCCCCAAUUAGUGAAGGACCAGAGAAGCUCUCCAGUUAUGAAUCGGGUAUAGAACCAAUAGGGGAUGCUUGGAUACAAUUCCGAAUCCGCUAUUACAUGUUUGCUCUCGUUUUUGUUGUUUUUGAUGUCGAAACGGUCUUUCUUUAUCCAUGGGCCGUGAGUUUUGAUAUAUUGGGCGUAUACGUGUUUAUAGAAGCUUUGAUUUUCGUGCUUAUCCCAGUUGUUGGUUCAGUUUAUGCAUGGCGAAAAGGAGCAUUGGAAUGGUCUUAG